CUUAAUGAUGUCACGAUAUCGUACCAUAACAGCAACCUAGGUGCAAACAACACAACUUUCCCAUUACAAUACCUGACCUAUACCAAGUGUAUCUCUUAUUCACAUCUCUACCGAAUCCUAGCUCAGUCCGGAAGUCAUGUUGCAGGUUCCAACUCACCAUACUAGUAGCAAGGCUUGUACUGGUCCGUAGUUAUGAGAUCCAACCGGAGAUCUCAACUAAUAGCAAUUUGCUAUGCAAGGCAUUUAACUAGACUAUUCCAUCGAACAUCUCGACUAGCCCUGCCGCCGAUCCGUAGCGGCGCAUCCAGAAUUUCUAGUCGAUCAUCCCAAUUACAGCAAACCCAGUUCCCCCGUGGGUUUUUUAGUUCCCCGAAACAGCAACAGAAGGAGUCCGGUGCUGGUAAAAGUCCCCUUAUAGUCGUGCCCGUGGCUUUACUCCUACUAGGUGGUUUGCUUAUUUACUCGCUCUAUCCAGACGAACAAUUCCGCCAAGCCCGCCGUAUUAAACAGGCUAAGAAUGUUCCUAAGGAUGUUGAAGAUGGCUCACAACAACAUCAAACCGAGGAGACCGCCUGGUCAGCCUUUACCCGCCGGUUUGAAGAUUUUUCAAAUGUUACUGAUAUUGAAUGGUCUUCAUUAUCUGAUCGCAUCGCCGAGCUAAUACUUCCUGAUUGGUCUAAGGCUAUUCCCGCCCAGAUUCGCAAGCUUCAACGCGAGCUUUCCAUGGCAGAUGGGUCGCUAGCCAAUGAGAUAUGGCAGGAGGCUCAUGACCCUUUCAUUCACCCUGAAAUUCAGUAUUCCGCCAAGGUGCGCGUCUCAGACGAGCUUUGUGACGAUGAAAAAGAGUUCCUAGCCCGGCGCAAGAAAAUUGCGACAGCGGCGUUGGCCAAAUAUCUUGGCCUAGAUGAGAAGGAUGUUAACCCUGAAGAUGUUCCUACAAUAGCCAUGUGCGGCUCUGGUGGUGGCUUGCGAGCCUUAGUUGCAGGCACGGGCUCACUCCUCGCCACUCAAGAAGAUGGCUUAUUCGACUGCGUAACCUACACUUCAGGUGUUAGUGGUUCAUGCUGGACGCAAUCUCUAUACCAUUCGUCUCUGACCAACUGCCGGUUUGAUCGCAUCGUUGACCACUUAAAAGCAAGGUUAGGGGUUCAUAUCGCAUACCCUCCGGCUGCGUUUUCGUCCCUAACAUCUUCUCCGACCAAUAAGCUACUCCUAAGUAGUGUAGUUGAAAAGCUAAAGGGGGACCCUAAAGCAGCUUUUGGGUUAGUUGACGUAUAUGGUAUCUUAUUAGCAGCAAGGCUCUUAGUGCCAAAAGGCGAACUCGGUGUUAACGAACGAGACUUCAAACUCUCCAACCAAAGAGAGUACAUCAAGUAUGGACAAAAUCCCCUGCCAAUAUAUACCGCAGUCCGCCAUGAAAUCCCGGAAAUAGCCGCGAAUAUGUCGAAAGGCAGCCCAGAACAAGCAAAAGAGAUCGCAAAGCAGGAAGCAUGGUUCCAAUGGUUCGAACUAACGCCUUAUGAAUUUUUCUGUGAAGAGUUUAACGCCGGAAUUCCAACUUGGGCUCUUGGUCGACGGUUUAACAACGGAGAAGACGUACCUCAUGAGAAGAAUGGCUUCCAUCUACCGGAGCUCCGUAUGCCCAUUAUGAUGGGUAUUUUUGGCAGUGCUUUCUGCGCAACCCUUAGCCACUAUUAUCGGGAAGUUCGACCGCUUGUUAAGAAGUUGACCGGGUUUGCUACAGUUGAUGGAAUGAUAUAUGGUUAUAAUGAAGAUUUGGAGAAAGUCCAUCCGAUCGAUCCAGCACAAAUACCUAAUUUUACGUAUAAUAUGGAAGGCAAGCUACGCUUUACGACACCAACCACCAUAUACAAUAAUGAGUAUAUACAGUUAAUGGAUGCCGGCAUGUCGAAUAAUCUACCUAUUUACCCUCUACUUCGACCUGGUCGAGAUGUCGACAUCAUCGUGGCAUUCGACGCCUCCGCAGAUAUCAAGACGGACAACUGGUUAUCAGUAGUAGAUGGGUACGCGCGCCAACGUGGCGUGAAGGGCUGGCCCGUUGGCGUUGGGUGGCCACGGGAAACAGACUCGACGAAAAAAAUUGAACAACAGCUAGACGCAGCCCAAGCAGACUCACCAGCCGACGCAGAGACUAAAGUACAGAAGGCACAACAAGCCCAGAGCCAAAACCUAGCCAAACACCAACCCGAAGAGCCAAGCGACAAGACGAAGCACGACGUAUCACACCCUGAGGAUUCAGACUUGGGCUAUUGCACGGUCUGGGUGGGUACGACCGAGGAACGGUCGUCGGAACCGCCUCCGCCCACAAAGGCAGUUACGGACGACGCAUUGUCGUGGCAGCUGAUGGAGCCCAGCGCAGGCAUCACCGUAGUAUAUUUACCAUUCCUAGCGAAUCCGAAGGUGGACGGCGUCAACCCAGCCGUAAGCGACUACAUGAGCACUUGGAACUUCGUCUACACCCCAGAGCAGGUCGAUAAGGUAGUGGCACUCGCGCGCGCCAACUUCGAUGAGGGUAAGGACCGCAUCCGCCGCUGCGUACGUGCCGUCUACGAGCGUAAGAAGAAGCUACGCGAGGAACGUGAGGCCGCUGCUAAGGAGGAGGCAUAUAGGCGCUUAGUACGCUUGGGCAUCGGAGAUAGGUUAGGGGAGGGCGAUCAUUUCAGCUAAUUUGCUGCGCGAAUUCGGUCUAUCAACCACGAAACUUACCCCCUCCCCCUUUUUUUCCCUUUUGCAUACUUCCUUAUAUACAAAAGAUAGACUACCUACCGAUCAGAUAGAUGGGGAUGGAAACACUUAAACGGAUUUAGAAGAAAGGAAGGAUAAUUGAAUCAUGCAAGUAGAUAUUUACACUCGGCCGAAGAGUGGUUGUGGGUGGUGCUGUCUUCGUAUGUUCU